AUGGUGGAGUGGGUGGACCUGGCGUUGGGCAGGGGUCUGCUGGGCUCAGGGGGCAGCGCGCUGCUCAGACACCUCCGGUUCCUGUCGCAGCCCCUGGACCCCACUGCGCUGGGGGGAGCAGACUCACUGCCAUCCCUGCUCUCAGCUCUGAGAAGCCCACCCAGCCUCCACCCCCUGUCCCCCAGCCUGGCUUCUCUCCUGGGUGUGCUCCCGCUUCUGGGGGGCUCCGUCGUGGAGGGCGCUCAUCUUCCUCCCAUCACUGUAGGGGUGGCUCUGCUGGACUUCCCCACGUCCCCCAGCCUUGCUCAGGAGCCCGGGGGGCAGGGUGGCGGGUCCCCUACCUCGCAAAUGUCCCGCUGGGGCCUGGAGUUCAGGACCCUUAUCUGCAGGAGAGCUGCUGGGCCCCCCUUGGGUCAGCAGGCAACCCUCUAUACGUCUCCUGGCCACCCCCAGAACCCCAGGUCUGAGAGGGUGAUGGCAGCGGAAGCCUGGCGUCUGGAGCCUUGGGGUUCCCCUGGCAGCCUCCUGCCCGGCAGGCUCUGUGAUGACCGCAAGUCCGCAGCACAGCAUGGGGCCCCGCGUGUCCCCGCGCGGACCGUGCUCUUCCAGGGCAAGAGGGCCGGCCUGACGUACCGCGUGCCCUCACUGCUGCCCGUGCCCCCCGGGCCCACCCUGCUGGCCUUCGCGGAGCAGCGGCUGAGCCCCGACGACGCCCACGCCCACCGCCUGGUGCAGAGGACCGGCACGCUGGCUGGGGGCUCCGUGCGGUGGGGCGCCGCGCGCGUGCUGACGGCGGCGGCCCUGGACGAGCACCGCUCCAGGAACCCCUGCCCGGUGCACGUCGCGCGCACGGCAGUCUUCCUCUUCAUCGCCGUGUGCGGCCGCACCCGCGAGGCCGCGCAGAUCGCUGCGGGCGAGAACGCCGCGCGCCUCUGCUGCGUGACCAGCCGGGAGCGGGACCUCACGGCGGAGGCAGUGGGCGGCGCCGAGCAGGACUGCGCCACAUUUGCUGUCGGCUCCACCCAUGGCGUCCGGCUGGGCUCGGGCCGCCUGCUGGUGCUGGCCUACACGUACCGCGUGGACCGGCGAGAGUGCUUUGGUGAGAUCUGUGGGACCGACCCCCACUCCUGCCGCACCUGGCACCACGGGGGCCUCGUGCCCAACCUGCGCUCGGGCGAGGGCCAGUUGGCGGUGGUGGACAGAGGGCAGGCCGGUGGCAUCCUCUACUGCAAUGCCUGGAGCCCUCUGGGCAGCCACGUGCAGGUGCUCAGUGUAGACGAGGGCGCCUCCUUCCUGCCUGGGGGGCUGGUACUUGCCCUGGCCGAGACCGCCGGGGGCUGCCAGGGCAGCAUUGUGGGCUUUCCGGCCCUGCCCUCCAGCAGGCCGGAGGAUGAGGGGUGCUCUAUGGGUACCAGGAACCCCCUCCACCUUCCACACCUCUGCCCUGGGCCCCAGGAACCCCCAGAGAAGGAGGGCGCUGGAGACACCCGAGGGGGCGGGGGGCUGGGUGGGACAGAGGGAUGUGGGGAUGGCCCCGGUGAGCCUGGCCCAGGGCCUGGGCUUGGUGGGAACAGGGGGGCCUGGACCCCUGAGCUCCCGGUCCCCUCGGCCUUGUCUCAGAGCCCCACGUGGCUGCUGUAUUCCCACCCGGUGGGGCGCAGGGCACAGCUUCACAUGGGCAUCCGCCUGAGCCGGUCCUCAGACCCCCACAGCUGCACGGAGCCCUGGGCGAUCCACGAGGGCCCCAGUGGCUACUCUGACCUGGCGUCCAUCAGGCCCACCCCCGAGAGAGCCCUGACCUUCGCCUGUCUGUACGAGAGUGGGACCGGGGUCUCCUACGAGGAGAUCUCCUUCUGCAUGUUCUCCCUGCAGGAGGUCCUGGGGAACGUGAGAGCGGCGCCGGGCAUCCCAGCCUUGGGGACAAGCCUCCGUGGCGCUGCCGGCCCUCCUGAUGGGCCUCUGGCCAGGCCCAGGAGGAGCGGGGAGGAGAGCAGGGGCGGAGGAUGCUGGGAGCUAGACUCUCCAGUGCUGGAGGCUGCCAGCCGCGGGGCAGGAGGAGGACGGGAAAAGCCGUCUCUGUGUGGCAACCCCAGAUCUGCGUGGUCUCUGCACUGCUGGCCGGAGGGGCCGCCUGGACUCUGGGACAGCAUGACGUCUUACACGGUCUUCCCGAAGGGUGGGGACGUCCAGGAAGCCUCUGAGCAGUGGCGGCCCAAGGGUCCCCAGGGAACUCAGAACAGCCAGUCCCCUGGGAGCCGGGAGGCCCCCUUAUUGCUCUCCUUCACUGUCAGCCGUCCCUGCAGGGGUGGCCACCUUUCAGGGGUCACCACUGGGCUCCAGGCACCCCCCCCACCUUCAGGCCGCCUCAGUCCCCCGUAA